AUGACGCCCACUGUGGCCAGGGAACUGGCCAGAUCAGGUUUCCUGUGCCUCCCUCCCCGGCGGCGCGCCUCCCCGCAGCCCAGGACAGCUCUGGUGCGUCGCAUCCUGCGGCCCCGCGACCCAGGCCCGCGAGGUCGGCGCCUUCUCGCCAUCAAUCCCAGCCAAACCGUCCCUCCCUCCAAAGACCGAGCUCUAGGGUGGGCGCACUCAAACCCCACAUCCAGAGAGACUGGCGCCGGCACCGAGACGACCUCCCCGGCUCGGGGCGGCCCCACCGGCCGGUUCUCCCUCGGCGACGGGAGGCUGACCCCGGUCUUGCAGAGACUGGCGGUCACCCCCACCCUCCGCUCCGAAAUCGGCGCCCCGCCGAGCCCGCGAGGCCGCCGGGCCCCCACCACACCCAGCACUGUUCCCACCGGCGUCGGCGCUUACCUGCGCGCUCUGCCGCCGGGGACGCCACCUAGUUCCCAUCCACAGACCCAGGAGGAGGCGAACACACUUCUCUGGUCCCCCCCGCAAUGCGCAGCUGACCGUUCCCGCAGCGGCUGCGGGAGACUGGGGCGGGGACGGCCACUCGCUGGCGGACGCAGAGGCCGGAGACCGCGCCGCGCACUAACUGUCCCGCGCUCGCGCCCCUUGGCCGGGCCCAGCUCGCGGACGUACAACCGCGCCGCCAGUUCCCAGGACUUUGCCCAGAACUUCGCGCUCGUCGCCUGCGGAUCAGCAGGAGGGGGACUUGUAUCACGUGGCUUUCACCACAUCAGGGUCCCUGUUCACCAAUUAUUUACUCAAGAUUCCCUAUCGAUCCACAGCAACGUGGAAUAACACACUCAGAUAAAAUUAGCACUUCAGGGAAGAAACUGUAACGGUCUUGCUCUGGCUCUGGUAGACUGUUAAUAUAAUAAACUGAAUUCCUGGAACCAAAAAUAAAUUUUUCUGUGAAGAAUGUGUACUUGGAAUAAGGCGUACCAAUACCUAGAGUGCAUGUUUUUCCUCAGAGAGGGUGAGACUUGCUGGCACUGUGCAAUGGAGGACAAGAGAAACUCUGUUUGCCCUACAUCAUUAUUUCUUGCAAAUACUACUUUAUAACAAAGGCAAGAGAAGUAAAUGUCUACCCACUAUUCUGUAUACCUGAAAUAAAUAUAAUAUUGAAUGUCAACUGUAAUUGAAAAAAUAAUUUAAGGUAAUAGAAGUUAAAGAAAGGGAAUAAAAUUGCCUAUAAUCCUACCUACAGACAACAGCCCUAGCUUACAUUAUUAUUAUUAUUUAAUGUUUCCUUCUAGUGUUUUUUUCAGGCAGUUGUGAUUUUUGAGUAAAUGCAAACUUAAAUUGUAUGUUUCCUUAAUUGCUGCUUCAUAAUUGUCAACAGAUUAUUGUGAAUCCAUUAAAAUAACUAUUGUGAAGAC